CCAAUGCAACAUCCCGGCAUCAAGCGGGUAAUCAAUAAUCAUCAACUGUUGUGUAUGGCUGGUAGACAUCUUGAUACAUUUUGAAAAGUAUCAUUUUUUUAAUCAAAUCUUUAUCAUUCAGUAUGAUUAAUUAAUUAUUAAAUAAGUAACACUUUUAAUUAACUACUUGGUGAAGUAAAAAGUCAGUCGCUUGCUCUUUAUCUGGUAAAGUCCUCACUUCAAAUCAAAGCCGAAGAAAAAGGGUUGUGCUGAUUUUCAAAGAAGUGGCGGUGUAAUCAACUUUGCAUUAAACCGAAAUGUGCGAAAUAGAUUGUUAUCCUACGAACGACUAUAUUAUUAAGAGUUAUACAAUCAGGCUUUUAAUUUAAGUUCUUAUCUAAAACAUUAAUAUUAGCUCAAAAGGAAUAAUUUGUUUUGAAUUCAGGUCCCUCAAAUAACAUUUUAUUGGCCUCACGAGAGUCGAUAAACUUGCUAUUGAAAAAAAAAAAUGGCGAAGCCGCUUGAUUUGAGGUUGAAGUUGACGCUGGAGGAAAUGGCCCUUAGAAGAGUAGUUGUCAAUUUGUGGAAUGAAACUGACAUUUUGUCUUCGCUUGGACAAUUACAAUUCCAAUCUCUUCCAGAAAACCAACGUUUAAGGGAAUAUCGAAUGGCAGUUAAUGAUAAGAUAAAAGAGAAGAUCUCGAAAUUCGUGUUGCCUGAAUCCUUAAAGAAGCGGAUGAUGGACACAGUUAAGCCAAUUAGUUGGAAUUUACUGAGUUGGGAAAUAAUCCACAAAAAUAUUUUAAAUUGGUCAAAUGGAAGUUUACGUAUGCCUGUUCUAGAACAAUUAUCCUGGACAUCUGUAGGAACAGUAGAUCACAGAAAGACGGCUGAAAAACUCAUACAUCUCUAUAUAAUAGACGAUUUUAUACGCUACAAGUUAGCAUGUUUGCAUUGUUUAGUUGAUCACAUUCCACGACUUUUUGAUGAACUCGCUGAGCAUUAUAAAACUUAUUAUGUAUCCAAAUUUCCUUUUUCGCAGAUUAAAAUGGAAAUGGAUUUUUAUUGGGCGUUUAUGCUUAAUGGAAAAGAAGCUGACUUGAAGCGGAUCGCUGCUGCAGAUUUACCUCCGGAUAUUUCUUUUAAUCAGCAUGCUUUUGCCUUAUCGGCAAUCUAUGGCAAUAAAGGAGCAGCUGAGUAUUUUUUUACUCAGCAAACCGCCGACGAACGAUACACUUUUUUAUAUAAACUAGCUGAAACUAUUAUAUUAAACAGAUCGGGAAGAUCACCCAAAUGGCCUUGCGAUAUUCCAACGGAAAAAAUUUCUGAAAUUUUGUGUUAUUUGUUAUCUCUGAUGAAUCCUGAACAGCAAAUGCAAGCUUUAAAGAACAAACCUUGCGACAUGUUCGUAUGCUUUCUAGAUUGGCCGUGGCAAGACGUUGCUUUGAGGAUUGCAGAUCUCAUCUGGACUUUUCUUCCUGAAAGCGAAUACUGCUACCUGCUAGAGAGGAUGAAUGAAAACACUGCAAGAACAGGUUAUUAUUUGCCAGACUUUUAUCAGAAGUUUUUCCUGGACAGUCCAAGUGAAUUUAAAGUUCAUUUUAUAAAUCAUGAAUGUCUCCAUUGUUCUUUUUUUCCUAAAUUUCUCGAGGCCGAAGAUAUCGAAACCAUCCGCAUUAUUCUUCGAAAUAUAGAUGUUAAAGACAAAAUGAAACUUGGCUCUUGUUAUAAUUUUUUUCGGCUUCUUGAUUCUCUUCUUAUGACUGACAAGAGCCAUUUGGUAAAAAUGUGUCUUGGAGGGGUCGCACCAUCCAAAGAAGACAAGGACAUUCUAAAAAAAACUUAUAUGAAAUUCGUCACAAGAACUGACAGACGCCGUUUGAAACAGAGGAAAUGCACAUGGAACCAGCUUUUUCGAGACAUUGAUAAAACCAAUGAGAGCACUUCGGGCAAAGGAAGCUCUAAUGGUAAGACGUUGACAAAGGCUAAAAGGCACCGUAGAAGAAGAAAAUAACUUCCUGGCAAUGAAAGAAAUUGCUUGUUAUUUCAUACAUUGAAUGAUUGAAAACAAAUGGAAAUGGAAUUUUUACUGUUUGGUAUGGAAUGAAACAACCGAUUUGAAGCUCAUGGGACUACAAUAAAAUCUAUGUUUACCUCAUCA